AUGACAAUAGUGCGGACUGAUGAAGAUGGAGCUGCUGAUGAUGGUAAAGUUGUUGAUGAAGAUAGUGGGACUGGUGAAGAUGGUGUUGAAGAUGAUGAUGAUGAUGACGAUAGUAGGACUGUUGAAAAUGGUUCUGAGGAUGGUGAAGAUGAUGUGGAUGGUGUAGAUGGUAGCAUUAAAGAUGAUGGUGAUGUUGGUGCUGAAGAUGGUGGGGAUGAUGAUGGAGGCUGUGAGUUUGCUGAUGAUGGUAAGGAUGAGGAAGAUGAUGUAGAAGUUGCUGAUACUGAAGGCUGUGCUUGGGUUGAUGAUAAUAAUGAUGACGAUAGUGGCACUAAUGAAGAUGGUGCUAUGGAUGAUGAAGAUGAUGAAGAUGGUGGAGAUGAUAGUAUUAAAGAUGUUGUUGAUAAUGAUGUUGUUAAUAGUGGUAGUGGGAGUGAUGAAGAUAGUCCUAAAGAUGGCGGUGAAGGCUGUGUGUUUUCUGAUGAUGGUAAGGAUGAGGAAGAUGAUGUAGAGGUUGCUGAUAGUGAGGGCUGUGCUGGUGGGGUUGAUGAUGUUAGUUUGACUGAUGAAGAUAGUGCUUUGAAUGGUGAAGUUGGUGGAGAUGAGGAUGAUGUUGAUGAUGAUAGAGAUGAUGAGGACAGUGUAAAUGAUAGCAUAGAAGAUAGUGUUGAUGAUGAUGUUGUUAAUGAUGGUGAUGAAGAUGGUGUUGAUAGAGAUAAUGAGGACAGUGUAAAUGAUGGUAUUGAAGAUGGUUUUGAUGAUAGAGAUGAUGGUGUAAAUGAUAGUAUUGAUGGCGAUGAUGUGGAAGAUAGUGGGACAGGUGAAGAUGGUGCUGAGAAUGGUGAAGAUGAUAACAGUGAUGUUAAUUUUGGUGAUAAAGAUGGUGAUGAUGAUGACAGUGGGACUGUCGAAAAUUGUUCUGAGAAUGGUGUAGAUGGUAGCGUUGAAGAUGUUGAUAAUGAUGAUGUUGGUGAAGAAGGCUGUGAGUUUGUUGAUGAUGGUAAGGACAAGGAAGAUGAUGUAGAGGUUACUGAUAGUACGGGCUGUGCUGCUGGGGUUGAUGAUACUGGGAAUGAUGAAAAUGAUAGUGUUGAUGAUGAUGAUGAUGAUGACGAUAGUGGGACUAAUGAAGAUGGUGCUAUGGAUGAUGAAGAUGAUGAAGAUGGUGGAGAUGAUAGUAUUGAAGAUGUUGAUGAUGAUGUCGUUAACUUUGGUGGUAAAUAUGAAGAUGAUGAUGGUGGUAAAGAAGAAGAAGAAAGUGUUGAUGAUGUUGACAAUAGUGGGACUGGUGAAGAUGGUCCUGAGGAUGGUGAAUAUGAUGAGGAUGGCAUGGAAGAUAGUAUUGAAGACAUUGUUGAUGAUGAUAACAAUGAUGUUCGUGAUGAAGAUGGUGUGGAUGGCGGUGAAGGCUGUGAGUUUGCAGAUGAUGGUAAGGAUGAGGAAGAAGAUGUGAAGGUUGCUGAUAGUGAGGGCUGUGCUGGUGGGGUUGAUGAUGAUGUUAUUGGGACUGAUGAAGAUGGUGCUAUGAAUGCCGAAGAUGAUGAAGAUGCUGGAGAUGAUAGUAUUGAAGAUGUUGAUGAUGAUGUUAAUGUUAGUGAUGAAGAUGGUAAAGAUGAUGGUGUAGAUAAUAGUGUUGAAGAAGAAGAUGAUGAUGAUGACUGUAUUGUGACUGAUGAAGAUGGUGCUGCUGAUGAUGUUGAAGAUGAUGAAGAUGGUGUUGAUAGUAUUGAAGAUGUUGUUGAUGAUAAUAAUGUUGAUGUUGGUGUUGAAGAAGAAGAUAAUGAUGACAAUAGUGGGACUGAUGAAGAUGGUCCUGAGGAUGGUGAAUAUGAUGAGGAGGGUGUGGAAGAUUGUAUUGAAGACGUUGUUGAUGAUGAUAAUGAUGUUAAUGUUGGUGAUGAAGAUAGGGAUGAUGAUGGAGGCUGUGAGUUUGCUGAUGAUGGUAAGGAUAAGGAAGAUGAUGAAGAGGUUGCUGAUAGUGAGGACUGUGCUACUGGGGUUGCUGUUGAUGUUAGUGGGACUGAUGAAUAUGGUGUUAUGAAUGAUGAGGAUGGUGGAGAUGAUAGUGUAGAAGAUGUUGUUGAUAACGAUGUUAAUGUUGGUGAUGAAGAUGGUGUAGAUGAUAGUGUUGAAGAAGACGAUGAUGACAAUAGUGCGACUGAUGAAGAUGGAGCUGCUGAUGAUGGUAAAGUUGUUGAUGAAGAUAGUGGGACUGGUGAAGAUGGUGUUGAAGAUGGUGAAGAUGAUAACGAUGAUGUUAAUUUUGGUGAUGAAAAUGGUGAAGAUAAUGAAGAUUGUGUGAAUGAUAGUGUUGAAGAUGAUGAUGAUGACGAUAGUAGGACUGUUGAAAAUGGUUCUGAGGAUGGUGAAGAUGAUGUGGAUGGUGUAGAUGGUAGCAUUAAAGAUGAUGGUGAUGUUGGUGCUGAAGAUGGUGGGGAUGAUGAUGGAGGCUGUGAGUUUCCUGAUGAUGGUAAGGAUGAGGAAGAUGAUAAAGAAGUUGCUGAUACUGAAGGCUGUGCUUGGGUUGAUGAUAAUAAUGAUGACGAUAGUGGCACUAAUGAAGAUGGUGCUAUGGAUGAUGAAGAUGAUGAAGAUGGUGGAGAUGAUAGUAUUAAAGAUGUUGUUGAUAAUGAUGUUGUUAAUAGUGGUAGUGGGAGUGAUGAAGAUAGUCCUAAAGAUGGCGGUGAAGGCUGUGUGUUUGCUGAUGAUGGUAAGGAUGAGGAAGAUGAUGUAGAGGUUGCUGAUAGUGAGGGCUGUGCUGGUGGGGUUGAUGAUGUUAGUUUGACUGAUGAAGAUAGUGCUUUGAAUGGUGAAGUUGGUGGAGAUGAGGAUGAUGUUGAUGAUGAUAGAGAUGAUGAGGACAGUGUAAAUGAUGGCAUAGAAGAUAGUGUUGAUGAUGAUGUUGUUAAUGAUGGUGAUGAAGAUGGUGUUGAUAGAGAUAAUGAGGACAGUGUAAAUGACGGUAUUGAAGAUGGUUUUGAUGAUAGAGAUGAUGGUGUAGAUGAUAGUAUUGAUGGCGAUGAUGUGGAAGAUAGUGGGACAGGUGAAGAUGGUGCUGAGAAUGGUGAAGAUGAUAACAGUGAUGUUAAUUUUGGUGAUAAAGAUGGUGAUGAUGAUGACAGUGGGACUGUCGAAAAUUGUUCUGAGAAUGGUGUAGAUGGUAGCGCUGAAGAUGUUGAUAAUGAUGAUGAUGUUGGUGAAGAAGGCUGUGAGUUUGCUGAUGAUGGUAAGGACAAGGAAGAUGAUGUAGAGGUUACUGAUAUUACGGGCUGUGCUGCUGGGGUUGAUGAUACUGGGAAUGAUGAAAAUGAUAGUGUUGAUGAUGAUGUUGAUGAUGACGAUAGUGGGACUAAUGAAAAUGGUGCUAUGGAUGAUGAAGAUGAUGAAGAUGGUGGAGAUGAUAGUAUUGAAGAUGUUGAUGAUGAUGUCGUUAACUUUGGUGGUGAAUAUGAAGAUGAUGGUGAAGUUGAUGGUGGUAAAGAAGAAGAAGAAAGUGUUGAUGAUGUUGACAAUAGUGGGACUGGUGAAGAUGGUCCUGAGGAUGGUGAAUAUGAUGAGGAUGGCAUGGAAGAUAGUAUUGAAGACAUUGUUGAUGAUGAUAACAAUGAUGUUCGUGAUGAAGAUGGUGUGGAUGGCGGUGAAGGCUGUGAGUUUGCUGAUGAUGGUAAGGAUGAGGAAGAAGAUGUGAAGGUUGCUGAUAGUGAGGGCUGUGCUGGUGGGGUUGAUGAUGAUGUUAUUGGGACUGAUGAAGAUGGUGCUAUGAAUGCUGAAGAUGAUGAAGAUGCUGGAGAUGAUAGUAUUGAAGAUGUUGUUGAUGAUGUUAAUGUUGGUGAUGAAGAUGGUAAAGAUGAUGGUGCAGAUAAUAGUGUUGAAGAAGAAGAUGAUGAUGACUGUAUUGUGACUGAUGAAGAUGGUGCUGCUGAUGAUGGUGAAGAUGAUGAAGAUGGUGUUGUUGAUAAUUUUGAGUUUGCUGUUGAUGGUAAGAAUGUGGAAGAUGAUGGAGAGGUUGCUGAUACUGAGGGCUGUGCUACUGGGGUUGAUGAUAGAGAUGAUGUAAAUUGUGAAACUGAUAAAGAUGGUGUUAAUAGUAUUGAAGAUGGUGAUGAUGAUGGUGAUGACAAUAGUGGGACUGAUGAAGAUGGUGCUGAAGAUGAUGAAGAUAGUGUGGAUGAUAAUACUGAAGAAGACAAUGAAGACAAUAGUGGGACUGAUGGGGAUUGUGCUGAGGAUGGUGAAGAUGAUGAAGAUGAAGAAGGUGGGAAUGGUGAUAAAGGCUGUGAGUUUGCUGAUGAUGGUAAUGAUGGUGAUGAUGUAGAGGUUGAGGAUACUGAGGCCUGUGCUGGUGGUGUUGAUGAUUGUGGGACAGAUAAAGAUGGCAGUGAGGAUGGUGAAGAUGAUGAUAGUAUUAAAGGUGAUGAUGAUGAUGAGGAUGGUGUAGAUGAUCUUAUUGAAGAUGGUGUUGAUAAUGAUGUUAAUGAUGGUGAUGAAGUUGGUGUUGAUGAUAAUAGAGAUGAGUAG